CUUUCCUCUUCUCCCGCUGAUGGUAGGAGAAGUCCCUUGCCUUGGAGUCAGCGUGGAAGAAGGAGAAGGACAUCGUUUCCAAGGAGAUAGAGAAGCUCCGCCUGUCCAUCCAGACGCUGUGCAAGAGUGCGCUGCCCCUGGGCAAAAUCAUGGACUACCUCCAGGAGGACGCGGACGCCAUGCAGAACGAGCUGCAGCUGUGGCAUCAGGAGAACCAGCAGCAUGCCGAGGCCCUGCAGAAGGAGCAGAGUAUCACGGACAGUGCCGUGGAACCCUUGAAGGUGGAGCUGGCGGAGCUGGAGCAGCUGAUUAAGGACCAGCAGGACAAGAUCUGUGCCGUGAAGGCCAACAUCCUGAAGAACGAGGAGAAAAUUCAGAAAAUGGUGUACAGUAUCAAUCUGAGUUCAAGAAGGUGAAAGCUAAAAAAUUUCAAAGAUUUGAAGUCAUCCUCAGUUUGAAAAUAAAAAGGCAGAUAGAAUAUUAUUUCUCUUUAACUCUCAAUUUGCAAAAAAAAAAAAAAAAGAACAAUUUAUAAUGUUAUCCAGCUAAUUUUCAGAGCUUUCAAAACUGUAGGCACAUUCAGUGUAUAAAAGACCAUGUUUUCUACCUUCCUCAGGCUAGGCUGCUCGCUAGUUAUAAACAGCUCUUCCAGACGCCGGUGGGAAUUUCUUUGCAGGCAUGUUCUGUCCGCAGCAGCCUGUGGAGGCGAGUUCUGCACUGACGUUCUCUGGCAGGAGUGCUGUUGGCAUCCCAAGGCGAACAAUGGUCAUAGAUUUCAGUUUCAGGUUUGGUGAGGCCUUCUGCAAGUCAGACACUGGAUGAAGGAUGACUAUGCUUUUUGAGGCACUUUAUAAAUAGAAUGUGGCCUGAACAUGAAUGGGUUAUAUUUUUAAUCCAUUUGCACUUGAAAAGGGUUAAAAGGGUGUAUUUUUAUAAGGAUGCAGGUGAACUCUAAACCUCUUCAUAAUUGUAUAUAAUUCUUUAUGUAACUUU